AUGAAGUUCGUCCAGCUCCUGAGCGGCGGCAAGGACAGCGUCUUCUCGCUGAUCCAGGCGGAGAAGCACGGCCACGAGCUCGUCUGCGUGGCCAACCUGCACCCCCUCGACGAGGGCGCCGACGAGCUCGACUCCUUCUGCUUCCAGAGCGCGGCCCACGGCGCCGUCGCCGGCGUCGCCGCCUGCUUGGACACGCCGCUCGUGCGCCGGCCCAUCACGGGCGGCGCGACGAAGCAGGGCCUCGUCUACGCGGGCGCGGCGGCCGGCGACGAGGUCGAGGAUCUCUACGAGCUUUUAAAGGACGUGAAGGCGCGAUUCCCCGCCGUCGAGGCCGUGAGCUCGGGCGCCAUCUACUCGACGUACCAGCGCACGCGCGUCGAGGACGUCUGCGCGCGCCUCGGAUUGCGAAGCAUGUCCUACCUCUGGCGCCGCGACCAGCGGAAACUCCUCAAAGACAUGGGCGAAAGCAAGCUCCGCGCCGUCGUCGUCAAGACGGCGAGCAUGGGCCUCGAGCCCGGCGACCACCUGGGCCUCCGCCUCGACCUCGCGUCGACGCGGCGCCUCUUCCGGGGCCUGCACGAGUCCUUCGGCUUCCACGAGUGCGGCGAGGGAGGCGAGUACGAGAGCCUCGUGUUGGACAGCCCGCGCUUCGCGAAGCGCCUCGUGCUCGAGGACGCCACGGCCGUGCGCCUCGACGAC